CAUCUUUGAUUUUGCCCCUCUUCCCCCCACCCCCCCCCUAUGACAACGUCCAACUUUAUCUCUUUCUGUGCCAAUCAUGCAACCUGGAGAGCUUAAACCCCUUGCACCUGCUUACCCUCUCCCCACCACUUGGUUCGACCCGCCUGAACUGCCGCGUAUCAAAAAGCGUUCCAACGCGUGCGAGGCCUGCAAGAAACGGAAGACUAAAGUGCGUGACUACAUUACUCCAGUGUGCUUGCUUGUGCAUCAACCAGUCCUGAGCCGAUACUGAGAAAAACAGUGCCAAGGCUCCCAGCCAUGCGACAAAUGCAUACAGGCUGGAUCACAAUGCAUCUUCGCCGAGGAGCUCGACAGACGCCGGAAGCUGGCUCUCCGGCAAGUUGAGCAGGAACUGCACGCAGCCUAUGAUCUCCUGGAACGGAUGGUCGCGGCCUUGGACAAGCAAAAUACCGCCGAACUGGAGCGGAUCAGCGCCGUGGUUAAGGGCGGCUUUCUGCGCAGUGGAGGCAUCACCACGCCGGAGCAGCAGGAUCUCUCAUCAGGGUCUCAAGAACGUCCAGCUGCAUCGCAAUCGGCAACAUCUUCCUCGUCGGCGGGCUCUCUUUGCGAUAUUGCCACGGUGAAUGAAGACAUCAACCGGGACGAGCGCAGCAGGGCAACCGGUUAUAUUGGGAAGGGUUCGGAGAUUGCUUGGCUGCAGAAGCUCAGCGAGGAAGUCGGGAAACUUGGCCAUCCAAUCGAGAGUUCGCCGCAUGAGCUAUCUUCCGAAGAGGAGAGUCUCACUGCGCUCAGCUACCAUCUGGACCACUUGAGCUUCUCGACUCUGGAAGCCGGGGACCCGCAAGCUCUGCCGCAGCGAGCCCUCAGCGACCAACUCAUCGCCAUUUAUUUCGCUAAAGUCGACCCGUCGUUCCCAUUGCUGAACAAAACCCUCUUUUCUACGCAGUAUCAUCAGGCCCUCACUAAGUCGAGGUCCCCUUCCCGGAAGUGGCUCACAAUCCUGAAUUUGAUCUAUGCUAUUGGCGCCAAGUACAUGCAGCUAUCUGAAAGGAACUGGGCGGAUGCCAUCGAUGACCGGUCUUUCCUGUCCAGGGCUUUGGCCCUCAAUGCCGAUCAAAGCCUGCUCGGGGAGCAUGCGGAUCUGCAGCAAGUCCAGAUCUGGGUGCUCUAUGCCAUUUACCAUCUAACCUCCGCCCAGAUCAAUAGAGCGUGGCACAUGGCUGGACGUGCUGCCCGCUGUGCGAUAGCGCUGGGGCUCAAUCUCCGUGCGGGGGGUCUCAAUGUAGACGCUACGUCCAGGGAGUCCCGUACUCGGCUAUGGUGGUCGCUUUUCAUCCUAGAACAGCUUCUGUCUGUGAUGACCGGUCGUACAUCGUGCAUUGAUUGGCGGUCCUUCAGUAUCCCGGCUCCGUUGCCCUUCGACGAAGCCCAAUUUCAAGCCCCUCAAGCAGCCAAAUAUCUUUCGGAUCUUGCUCUGCGGGAAAGGACUUUUGUCUUGACCGCCCAAACGCCCAGAUUCCGGAUCGAAGCAAGAAACAAACUUCUUCGAGCUGUCGAACCAAGUUCAUCGCUAUACCUCUUCUAUCUAGCCGACCUCGCGGCGAUCAGUCAUGCCGCUGUGAACGCGGUCUAUAGUCUUCAUGCCUGUCUGGGCGUCUCCAAAGGCGCCCAUGCCAAGAUCACACAUUAUCAGCGAAUGUUGGGAGACUGGCGGUCGAGUCUUCAAAGCAGUUUUGAAUUUACAGACCGCAACGGCCGGCUCAAGUUGGCCGAACCGUGCCCCGAGCAGAUCGCUUUGGCUCUCGCUUUUUACAGUUCUCAGAUCAUCAUCAAUCGUCCAUGCCUCACCCGUCCUGGAAUACAGAAGGUUACCGAGACCAGACACCCGCGGACCGCAUUCGCCAACGCCACGGCAUUGCUCUGCCUCCAGUCUGCAAUGGACUUGAUGGCCAUAUUCCCCGACCUGCCUGACAUGGGAUGGCUGUGCGAGAUGACCCCAUGGUGGUCUGUGGUGCACUAUAUCAUGCAGGCCCUCAUUAUUCUGCUCAUUCAGCUAUGUGUAGGUCCAGUGGACGUGGUCAAAGGGGCUCACACCGAGACUGGCCAAGGAGCUGUCGGCACGGCGGAAGAACCUGAAGUGAUCCUCCGGGUUUCCAAGAAAUGCCUGCGGUGGCUACACGCGAUCGCAAGUCGGAGCCCCAGCUCGCGGCGGGCGUUCAUCACCUGCGAGCGUCUUCUGCGCCGCAUCGCCACCAUCAACGGGUUCGACCUGGAGGGGGUCCCGCAGGCCGCCACGCUGGCCGCCCGGACGACAAACUCGAGUCUCGAGAACUACUACGCGCAGCGGGGCCGAUCCCCCCAGCAGCCCUCGGAAUCGGCUCACGGGGACGCGAUGCGAGAAGCGUCGACGUGGUGGGGCGCGGAUUACACGUACUCGGAACCCGAUGCGGAGAACCAGGCCUACCUGCCUUUUAGUUUGGACCCGACCUUGUUGGAUUUUCUGGAGAAUGCUCUGGAAUGAUUAUGCUCGUUGUUUAUUGAAGCUGGCUUCAAUGUGUUCGAGUUCGCUCUUACUUCCUACCAGAGUGAUAAUGACAGAUACCA